GGCGUGGUUUGUUACCAGGAAGUGCUUGCUGUGUAACUGUACUGGCCUUUCUAGAGCAACUUUUUUUGUUUUCUUUAGCUUUCAUCCGCGGCCAUCUCUCUCUUAGACCAUAUCUUCUUUUCAAAGAUGGGUGACGACGAAGAAAAGUAUGACGGGAUGCUUCUUGUUAUGGCCCAACAGCACGAAGGAGGGGUACAAGAGUUAGUAAACACGUUUUUUAGCUUUCUACGCCGCAAAACCGAUUUCUUCACAGGUGGUGACACAGGCGCUGCAGAGAAGCUGGUAAAGGAAGCCUUUGAUCACCACAGCAAGCAGGCACUAAAGGCCCACAAGGAUAAGCAGAUGAAACAUGAGAAGGAAAAGGAGAAAGCUGAAAGAGCGGCCAAGCUCGCAGAGGAGGAGAGGAAAAAGAAAAAUGAUGACGGACCGAGGAUUCAGGAACUGACAGAUGAAGAAGCAGAGAAACUUCAGUCUGAGCUCGACAAGAAAAAUAAAGAAGCGGAGAAAAUGAAGAAUCAAACAGCAGAAGCAGCUAAAACAUCUGAUAAAGAAAAAGGGUCUGACUCGGAAGGAGAGGAGGAUGAGAAGGAUAAAGAUAAACUGAAGCCUAACUCAGGAAAUGGAGCAGAUCUACCCAACUACAAGUGGACACAGACUCUGUCUGAAGUUGAUCUGGCUGUGCCUUUCGACGUGAAGUUCCGCAUCAAGAGCAGGGAUGUGGUGGUGGACAUCCAGCGACGCUCCAUCAAGGUCGGCCUGAAGGGACACCCUCCUGUUAUCGACAGCCAGCUCUACAACGAGGUGAAGGUGGAAGAGAGCUCCUGGCUCAUCGAUGAUGGAAAAGUGGUUACCGUCCACCUGGAGAAGAUUAAUAAAAUGGAGUGGUGGAGCAGGAUUGUAACCACAGAUCCAGAAAUGAACACCAAGAAGGUCUGUCCUGAGAACUCAAAGCUGUCAGACCUGGAUGGAGAAACUCGCGGGAUGGUGGAGAAGAUGAUGUAUGACCAGCGGCAGAAGUCAAUGGGCCUACCUACAUCCGAAGAGCAGAAGAAACAAGAUAUUCUUAAAAAGUUCAUGGCUCAGCAUCCAGAGAUGGAUUUCUCUAAAGCCAAAUUCAGCUGAGAGCUGCCGUCGGAUCCGUGCCCUGUAGCAUCAACAUGUUCACGGUUUGAUGUUUCUCCAUCAGAGCCAGCCUUGGACAUCAAAGAACUCCUCCAUCUUUUCCUAAAUGCACACGCCUUUUGUUUUGACCUACAUAUGUUAAGUGCUUCAGUUAUUGAUGUCUGAUCAAUGUUGGCGUCAUUCUUUCUUUGCGUGUAGUUCUCAUGUAAAGAUGUGUCUGGAUUUUUUUUAAUAAAUUAAUCUUAAAAACAAAGAUUGGAUUUUCUGCAGUCAGUUUAAGCUUUUAUCUUCCUGCUUUAGGUUUUUUUUUUUUUAUAGUGUGAUCCUGUAGGUCCUCUGUGUCACUGAGCAUCACUUUUAAUAUGUUUGAAUUAAAUUUAUCGGUUUAGAUGUAUUAAAUGAAAAGGGAAGGACAACAUCCACAGGCUGGAAAAGGUUUUAUUUUUCAGCCACAAGAGGGAAGCAAAGGGUUUUCCUUUGGGUCUAAUGGGAACGUUUUGGAUGUUUAACACUGCCUUAAAUAGUUUUGCUUGUAGCGCAGUGACAUGUUAAAUGUAAUGAACGAAUACUGAAGACUCAAGGCUGAUAAGUUUGAAUUCUAAUAUAAAUAGGACUAAACUGAAACAGUUACAUCAUCAAAUCCAAAGACUCAUCAGCUAGAUUAACGUGUAGUAAAUGUCUUUGGAAACAUUUUUUAAAUUCUAAAAAUAAAAAAUAUUGAAGGAUACCUGAGGAUUACAUAUUACAUGAAUGUGGAGCAUUUACGGACAGACAAUAAUUGCUGUUAAAAUUACUUUUGCAGUGAUAUUAAUUUUCGUG